AUCUUUCUGUUUUGUUCGGUUCCUCUCUAUUUUUGCAGUCAUCAUCACCAUAAACGCUACGAGGAAAAGCGGCGAGAAUCGAGCGCCGCCUCCGCCAGCCACCAGCAAGGCGCUCUUCAGAAGCGCGACGACGUUUCAAAACGAAAGUGAAUGUGAACGUGACAGGAUCGAAUCGCCUGCUGCGACGACGCACUGUGUUACUCACGACAUAAAAAUUAACAAGGCAGGCUCUUCACUGAUUACACCGUGGUGUUACUAAACUCUCGAGUUGUGAUUAGUAAAGUUUUAGUGUAAUAGAACCGAUAAGUGAUAAAAGACGCGAGUGCCAUCCUAGUGGGCCGAUACUAGCCUAGUCGCGAAUAUGAUUAAAGUUACCAAAGCAACCGGGGCAUACGCGGCCCUGGUUUCCGUCGUGUCUGGGACCAUCGUAUGGUACGUUUUGUGGUUCAACUUCCGACCGUUGGGAAUAUUCUUCUUCUCCGGAUUGGUGGUGUUUUGGUGUCGGCAGUACGCCAAUCUCCGCCUACAGAUGACCCCGCUGGUGGAGGACAAACUUCGACAUCUGGGCCGCCGGGUGCUGGAAUUCCGCAAUAAAAGGCCUGGCCUGUUCUGUGCGCUCAUAUCGGGUUUCCUGGUUGUGGUGGCCGUUCUCGUUCACGUGGUUUCCGGGGCGUACAUCGUGGUGACGCUGCUGGUGCUGUCCAUCGUGGUUUCCACCAAGUAUGACAUCAAAAUCGUUGUCGAUCGUGAACAAAGUAAGUAACUAGUAUAAGUUACACUGAGGAAACUGGAGUUAUGUUAUUCAUAACACCUUUCGUAUGAAACAGUAUUAUGCUAGCUGAAAAACAUUUCAUACGAUUCGUAUGAUUCUCAUAAAUCGUUUAUGAAGAGCAUACGAAUCAAAUUCAAGAUUCAUACGAGGCUCUAUAACAUUUCAUACGAUGUGCUUAUGAAAUCCAAUGCAAGCCUUGUUUGAAAAAAUUUCAUACGUUUUUCUUAUGAAUCGAGUCUGGUCUACUUUCUAUUCGGAACAAAAUGGCGUUUAUACAGAAGAAGCUCGCGAAUUUCAUAGUUUUGAUGAAGGCCUUUGCCGUGUUUAGAGGUAAAAAGUAAUUAUCGAUAAUUCUACGUAGAGCGUAAAUACGGCG